GAGGCUUGACGUGCCAGAAUGCUCGCGUCGUCACAAGUGCUUCGCCGAGCGAGUCUUCCCCGGCGGUGUGGUCUCUCAAGAGAAUGAAAACGGUUCCAACGCUUUGUGCUACUGCCACUGUCGUUGGUGCAUCUGCGGUCGGCCUGUCUUUUGGACGCGGACCUCCCCUCGACUCCUCGAACUCAAACAAGAGGAAAGCCACCCCAGCACAAGAGCUGGAACCCGGCUCGAUGUCCGCUACCACCCAAACAUCCUCUGCGACAACGACCACCGUCGCCCCCUUCAAUGCCCCUAUACCGGUCGUCCCUACCUCGCGCAUCCCGAUUGCGACUCGGCCUCAGGAUGGUCGUCCCCAGAGACGUCCAAUUAUGAGAAGGAUGACGAGCGGCGAUGCGACUAUGCGGCCGCCAAGUACUGUGGUCAAUGGCUUUGUUCCCAGUGAGCACGGUGCAAACGAAUCGGAGGCUGGCACCCACGUGUCGUCGAGGAGAGCCUCGUGGAUGAAGCGCCUGUCGACCAUCUCAGUCUCGCAACACUCGAGUAGAAACCAUAGCCCUGCACCAUUGUCUCCCUCUGUGUCUUGCUCGAAUGGCUCUGUAGCCUUCUCCCACGACGGCUCGACUGUGCCGAUGAUAGGCAGGCAGAGCCCACCUCAAUUACCGCCGAACAAGCUCGUAAAACGGACCUCGUCAGUGCGUGCUCCGCGUGAUAUAUACUCUGCCCAUGGUUCUGGUUCCCUUCGCCCUUCGUUUCGCCGUCCUGCCACCAGCCACCAACGGUCUGCAACCCUGCAGAACUACCACUCCUUGUUGCCGGUCACGAGAGAAUCACCAUCACUGGAAGUCAAGCCAUCCUCGGCGAGCACUGACAGUGAGGCUGAGUACACACAGUUCUUCACUGCGAAGUCGUUGCGAGGCAGGACGUUGUCGAGACGACUCAAUCCAAACCCAACCAAAGUCAAGCGGAUUUUCCCAGACGAGAAACAUCGACCGACAUUGGUCCUGGCAAGAGCAGUCACAGCAAGUGCCGAGGAGCUGGAAGAGUCGGCAAGUGAAGCAGGUGAAAGUGUGUUUUACGUGAGCAGGCCAGGCACCCCACUGAGCUACACGGCGGCUGUCGCAGCACCCAAACUUGGGGCUCCACACUUCACCGAAAACACGCACAUACGACCCUCUACUGGAGUUUCUUCCACCGUUGUUUCUGAGGAUGCGUCGCGGCGUAGGCGCUCUUUCUCGAUUGCUGACCUCCUCCCCUCUGGAUCUAGUGCCAAGAAACAGCGGCUCGCCAAACAACCCGGGAUGAAACUGACCCGUGGGUCAAGCCAGCGCGUCAGCUCUGAUCCCGUAUUACCAACGAUGGGCAAGCGCUCCAACACCCCGCACGGCGAGCUGCCAGGACGACGCAAUUUGACCGACCCAGCGCCUUCGAAACGUGACAUUUCUACAACUACCGGAAUCGCCGAGUCCAGCAACUACUGCAAUGGAGCGCCUGGGGACUCUUCGACGUCGCCCUUGUCCGCGCUACCACCGCUCCGUCGCGCGAUGACAGUCCCUGGAAACAGGUUGGCGUCAAUGCCUCAGCUUGAGGCUAUUGCCUCAGCCGCGCCAGCCACCAAUCAGACCCCACCAUCGCCCUCGGCCCUAGCGCAAGCGGGCGUUCGCCCGUCGUGUCAUUCCAUCGCUCCCUCAGAACAAGCAUCGACAUUGGUCGGCUCGUCUGAUAAUGAAGUUCGCGCCGUAGGCUCCGUCGACGAAGACGACGCCGAUUUUCGAAGCGAAACUCUCUAUGAUUCGCUGCGCACCGGCGCGACCAGGAGCGUGUCUGGCGGUGCUCGAGGGCCUCGCAUUGAGACCAUAUUUGACGAAUCUCCCCCUGCCAAGGUCAGGAUUACAGCCCUGCGAGAUUUGCUUCCUGCCGGCGCUUUUGGAGACAACCUAACUAAUGGUACCUCUGGCGACCGCAGCAUUGCCGAGGACGAUGAGAGCAUCACAACACCGGUGCGCACAGUACGACCAGAGCACCACCUGCAAGAAGCAGUCAGCUUCUCGCGACCGAACAGCACGACCGUGUUCCCCAGCCUGAUACCUUCGUCGCCCCCGAGCAUGCCCAAGCCGCUCUCCCUUGGAACGCUGGAAUUCGACGAUGACAGGAGCGGUAGGUGGUUACUUGACGAACAGGAAGGUGAGGACCCUUGGGUUGACCAUCCACCAGCCAGCCACCUCGCUACGCCAAUCACCCUGCGGCGCUCGAAUCCGCACUUGCUUGCUUCGGUCCCAAACUCGAAGCCAUCAACUCCGCAACAUCUUGUACUUGACCACGUCGACCGAGACGCUCGCAGCAGCAUUUUCGAUUGGUCUGAACAGCAGCCUGCGGACAAGAGCUCGGGCAACCGGACACCGCCACGUCCUCGAACAGUUCACGGCAAAAAGGAUGCAAACCGAAGGGACAGUCGAUCGGUUGGCAGGCGUGCCCCUAGCGGGUUGCACGCACGCAGCCAGAGUGUGCCUGUGGUUCCAGAUGUGGUUGGCAAGUGUAACACAGUGGUCACUAACAAGUUCGGCACUUGGGGCAUAGGCAGCAAAGGUGUUACUGAGGAUUGGAAUGACGACUUCGAUUUCUCUGAGCUUCCCGAGGAACCCACUCCCAAGAGCGUAGCCGGAUCACAACGUAUCGACAGUGGCUCAGCCAUGGUGGUACCUAAAAGCAUUCAAGAGCAGCAAAACAAUGUACUGGCAAACAUUAGUCUCCUACGCGAAUGGGGCCUUCUCAUCGAAGAACUCAAAGAGCACAGGAUCCGCGCCAUCUCCCUUGGCAUUAUAGAAGGGCCGCACUCAGGAAUGUGGGAAGAAGUGGAUGCUAUGAUUGAUCUCGCUGAUCAAGAGGCGGAGCAUGAAGAAGUUCCUCGCGCAUCUCCCCCUUCGUCGCCAGGAUUUGAUGAAGAUGCUUUUGAUGACGUGUCUGCGAGUCCCAAUGUUGGUCGCGGAAGGCGCAAGUCGGGGUCGCCGAAUGACGAUCUUAGCAGCAAGAACCACCAAACCGUGCGCCCCAGGAAAUCCAUCUUACCGCCAAACGACCGAAUCUUUGGCCCCCAAACUUCUCCCGUACCACCGAAGCCGAAAUACGAAGCGCCAGCAACACCAGAAUCCAGGCCUAUUAUUACGCGCCCUCGCAAAGAUUCAGAAGCAAAAGCACGAUCAGUAAUCGAAGCACUGCAGACUAAGAGAAGCGUCUUCGAAUCUCCUGCAAAUGCACCGCCCACACCUUCACCCAAGAAGGUGCCGUUCGACACUGCUACACUGCGACGUAUCGUUCCAUACGUCAGCACAUUAACACGCAAAGUGAAAGACACAAUCAGGGACGCAGAAGGACUCUACUACAGUCCAACCACCAGCCCACAGCACGAAGAGCCUCCAUUUGCAAUGAGUCCUUUCCAACAGGACGCGGAGCUCGCAUCGCACAUGAAACUAAUGACAGUUAUGUAAGGUCACAGUUUUCGACGAUGUAACGGAUUUACGAGCAUACUGGUUACCCAC